UAACAAAUACGUCAGAGGUUUUGGCAGCCCGUGGGUGAACUAUUUUCUUCAUUGUUGACCUUUCCUAAAUCUUAGGUGUAAUUAUUUCAUCAUUAGAAGUAUUUUGGCAGUACCAUUAUUAUCUAGCAAAUCAUUUAUUUAUCUCGACAAUGGACUCGGAAGAUGACACAAAGGAUGAUGUGGAUUCUGGUAAUGAAUCAAGCGGAGACGAUGUCGACUUUGUCAUGGACGAGACUCACAGUACAAGGGAACGGCAAACGGAACUCGAAGAAUAUCCAUAUGAAGUGUUAUCUACGGAGGAAAUCGUCCAACACAUGGUUGAUUGCAUCAAAGAUGUGAACACAGUAGUUGAGAUUCCAGCUACAACAACUCGUAUCCUCCUUAAUCAUUUUAAAUGGGACAAAGAAAAGCUAAUGGAAAGAUUGUAUGAUGGGGAUCAGGACCAGUUGUUCGCUGAGGCUAGAGUUAUAAACCCGUUUAGAAAACCUGUCAUACAAAGGCCGAAGUUACCUAGACGAAUAUCAACAUCGGGAACAGAAGAAUGUGAGAUAUGUUUUUCAAUACUCCCGACAUCCAUGAUGACAGGCCUGGAGUGCGGUCACAGGUUUUGUACACAAUGUUGGUGUGAAUACUUGACUACUAAAAUUAUGGAAGAGGGUUUAGGACAGACGAUAGCGUGUGCGGCGCACGCGUGCGACAUACUCGUGGACGACGCGACCGUCAUGCGGCUGGUUCGCGACCCGCGCGUCAAACUUAAAUAUCAACACAUCAUCACUAAUAGUUUUGUGGAGUGCAACAGGCUGCUCCGCUGGUGUCCGUCCCCGGACUGCAGCAACGCGAUCAAGGUGGAGGCGUACGUGGAGGCCGCGCCCGUCACGUGUCGCUGCGCGCACACCUUCUGCUUCGCGUGCGGGGAGAACUGGCACGAUCCCGUCCGCUGCUGCUUGCUGAGGAAGUGGAUUAAGAAAUGCGAUGACGACUCUGAGACAUCUAACUGGAUAGCGGCCAAUACGAAGGAGUGUCCGAAGUGUAACGUCACGAUAGAGAAGGACGGCGGCUGCAAUCACAUGGUUUGCAAGAACCAAAACUGUAAGGCUGACUUUUGCUGGGUGUGUCUCGGGCCUUGGGAACCCCACGGCAGCAGCUGGUACAACUGUAAUAGAUACGACGAGGAUGAGGCCAAAGCUGCCCGCGACGCACAGGAGCGCUCGCGUGCAGCGCUGCAGCGCUAUCUAUUUUACUGCAACAGAUACAUGAACCACAUGCAGUCGCUGCGCUUUGAGUCCAAGCUCUAUGCCUCCAUCAAGGAGAAGAUGGAGGAGAUGCAGCAGCACAACAUGAGCUGGAUCGAGGUGCAAUUCUUAAAAAAAGCUGUAGAUAUACUCUGUCAGUGCCGGCAAACGUUGAUGUACACGUACGUGUUCGCGUACUACCUGCGGAAGAACAACCAGUCGGUGAUCUUCGAGGACAAUCAGCGUGACCUGGAGUCCGCUACAGAAACACUCUCGGAGUAUCUCGAGAGAGACAUCACUAGUGAGAACUUGGCUGAUAUUAAACAAAAAGUGCAAGACAAAUACAGAUAUUGCGACAGCCGGCGUAAGGUUUUACUCGAACACGUUCACGAGGGCUACGAAAAGGAUUGCUGGGACUACACAGAGUAAACCUCUUCCUUCUCUGUCCAUCAAACUGUCACAUCUAUCUAACUCUUUCGCACCACUCAUGACUGCACGCUAACCACUGAUAAGCAUAGACAAUACCAAAAAUUGUGACAACUGUACAUAUAAGCCGGGAGCUUAAAAAAGUAUACAAUUUUAAAUAUCACUUUUGCCUCAAAAUUGACAACUGAAAUAAAAAAAUAAAACAAAAAAAAAAUGAUACGAUAAGCUUUAUUUUCGUUAAUUGUCAUAAUUUUUGUUUUGAAUAGUUAUUGAGAUGAAAAAGAGCAGAUCGAUAGAGUUAUAAUUUAGAAAAUAUUAGUUUCGUUGUAUUAGUCGUUGUAAAGAAUCUGCUGAUUUGUAUGGACUUAAUUGUGCUAGUAAUAAUAAUAAUCAUUUGUUUCUUUUUCACAUCUUUGACAAGGCAUUAGCUAUUUUGUGUAUUGAUUACAUUUAUUUUUUCUAUUAGUUUUUGCCAUUAAUAGUAGACGAACGAUCUCAUUCAUAUGUUUAAUAUACAGUUACUGUAUAUAUCAUGUGUUUGGUACUUUGGCAAAUUAAGUUAAUCGUGUAAAUUUUGUGUAAUGUUGGUCUAGGACCAACUGAGUUUAAUUUUCAUAUGUAUUGAAAUUUUAAACUUGUUUUUUUUUUUUGUAAAAUAUGUGCUAAAAUAGGAACAAUCAAAACAUACGUUGACGUAUGAGGGGAUUUUUUUUUCAGAUUUUGGAAUUAUUUCUUCCUGUGUUACUUGAUUUGAACGAGGUUUAUGACAUGUGAAACUUAGGAAUUUGUAAUUUGACUAAUCUGUCCAAAAUAUUAAUUGUAUUAAAUUAUCGAGUUCCGAAUAGACGAAGUCAAAAUCAACAAAUAGUAAACAAUAUUUGUAUUAAAAUUGUUGAACAAUGUUUGAUAUUACUUGACAUUUGUAUGAGAGAUGCCGUCUAUUUAAAUUUUAUUUAGCGUGUAACAAGGACAGCAAAUUCAUUUGAUUUAUACAAUCUUUUAAAAUGAUAUACGGUAAGAAAUUGUUAGGUAGCAAAUUUUAUUCUUGCAAGAUUCUUAUUUUAGUAAAUGUUAAGGCUCGGAUCUCCCUUAUAGUUUAUAUCGGAUACAACAGUGUGGCUGACAGAUUUUUUUUUUUUAACCCUUAUGUUGAAAUAAAAUAUGUAAAAAAAAGCAUACGAAUCGAUUAUUUUGAUAUGACCAGUUAGACCAUGAUAUUACCAGUUUCUGAAAAAAUAGGUUAAUUAAAUACUAAAUCACAUGUUUAAUAUGACUUCAGAAACUGGAGGUUAAAAUCGAUUCAAAUACUUUACCCAAAUGUUUAUACCCUUUUAUUAUUAUUAUAUACACAAUAUUUAAACUCAUUGUUUUUAAUUCAUUAUUCCGUAAUAAUCGCAGAAAUUUCUUCUGAUUUAGAAAAUUAUAGAUUGAAUGUUUUUCUAGUAAAAAAAUAUAUUUAGUUCAAUUUCCAUUGGUCAGUAAUACUGUUGUAAUCGUAAUAGUUUAGUAUUCAUUAUAAUUUUGACUUGUUUACUUUAAUUAUUAAUCAUUAUAACCUGGUCUUGUCCAACGAUACGAUACGUUUUCAUUUUUGAGUUUACUUUUGGGAUAUUUUUAACGUGUGCGACGCGUGUUAAAUGGAAAAAGUUGUAAAAUAAUUUUACAUACUGUAAUACAAUCUAGUGUGGUGUGCUGUAACAAAUAACUUGCGCUAAUUGAGUAUUUUAUUUAUAUAUUUUUUAUAUUUUAUUAAUAUUAAAACCGUAUCAUCUAAAGAUUUCAUGUUUCGAACAUUAUUUUCUAGUCGAUCAGUAACAGUUGCGUUAUCGUUAUAAAAUUAUAUUUUUCACUUGUCAUAUUCGUUAAAAUUAUCGUACAUGUUCGCUAAUUUGAGACAAUAAUUAACGGUCUGAGCGCUAUCCGAUAUAUAGCGUUUGUCGUCUAAUACAUUAAUCACUGUGUAAGCAAUUUCCGAUGUAUGUAUAGUAUACAUUUAUUGUAACUGUGUUGUUCGAAAAUAAAUUAACAAUUUUAAUAUAAUUUAACUAAUUAAAAUAAUCAUUAAAUUUAACAAUAUUUUCAAAGUAGCUGAAGUUACUUUAAUUUUGAGUUUUGGAAUUAAGGCUGACUCGUGUUCAACUAAAUUAACUUUAAUAAAGUUAAGUUCUUUUAUUUUUUGUUUUCCAUUAUGAUACACUUCCAACAACAAUGAAAUUAAAAAUAGAAUUGAUAAAUAGUUAGCGAUGAGAUGGAAUAGUCUUCAAUAAAGUUCGACUAUCGCAACAAGCUGUUACAAUUCAGAGGGGCACAGUUACAAUGUUCGCGCUUUUUCCGAUUUUAUGUAUUUUUCUGACCUCAUUCACUGUUGUUUUAAUGAUACGCUACUACUUAUUAACGACGUUUGCUUAAUUAUUAUUUUUUUCGUUAAUAAAAACUAAAUUUUUAAAUCAAAUAGUGGACGAUAUCAUUAAUAAAUAUUUACUAUCGGUUAAGAGAAAACGAAAAAAUAUUUUUACCAAAUAUCCUAUUUUUUUUAUUAGAAUACUGUUUUUCUACUAAACAUUAAGCUAGUUCAAGAUAUAGUGUGUUUUUAUUCUGUGAUCAAGUUUUUUUGAUGCCUCGAAGGCUGAUAUACUUUUAAUUGAUUGAAUAAAAUUUCCGUCGUGGAACCAACACGCUGGCAUUGUAUUAUUACUUUGAGUGUUUUAUGAUUGAUUAGAUAAAUUCAUGUUUAAUUAUAAAGCUCGAAAGUUGUUAGACAAAUUCCAAAAGUAUUUUUUAUUUAAAAAUCGCUCCUAUCAAAUUUGACGCGUAAACAAUUAUGGAAGUUUCGAAACGCCGAACUCUGCUUGAUUUGUAUAAUAAUUGUAGCACUACAUAUCUGUCAUUGGAUUGUAUAUUCAUAGUCGGUACGGAUUGUGAAUUAAUCGUUUGCACUGCCAGUAAGCGUGGUAACUUGAAAUAACUCGAAGCUUGGUGUGUGUUCACAUAGUGAACUCGGUAUUAUCGUAGAAGCGUCCUCCCUCACGCCGUCACUUCUUUCGUAAUAAGUACUUUCACGGUGCGCUCGGAGGACGUUCGCACACAAAUUGUACAUAUAUAGAUGCUGUAUAAAUAUUUAUAUUGAUAACGUAUUCGCAAUUCUUGUGUAUUGACGGGCAUCUUGUAUGUGUGUCUUGGCAAGGACACAUUUGUCUUAAAUGUAAGACGGAAAUAAAAAUAGUAACAUCGAA